AUGCCCCUUUCGCGCUCCAUUUUUCUGUCUAGAUCUGGCUCUGCGGCAGCCCGUCACGUCCUUCGCCUGGCUAGCGGAAGUCAACCACCCCGCCUUGCAGUUGGCCAGGAAGCUGCAUCAUCUCCUUUCAUUCGAGCAUAUUCCUCCGCCCCGCCUCCUCCUCCUCCAAACCGCAACCGAAAUAACUCAGAGAUCAAGGUUCUCCCCAUACUUGCUAUCCUCGCAGUUGGAAGCGGCGUAUACGCUUUUCUGAUCAAGUCUCGCACUCCCAAGGAUGUCAAACCUGGCAAUGGGAAAGGAACGCAAUCUGCCAAACUCGUCAAGGACUAUGGUUUUUCCCAUCUCUCCGCGGGUGAUUUGCUUAGGGCCGAGCAGGACCGUGAAGGAAGUCAGUACGGUGAUUUGAUUCGACAUAACAUUCGCGAAGGAAUCAUCGUGCCAAUGGAAAUCACUGUUACCCUCCUUUCCAACGCCAUGGCUGCCAUCCUCGAGGAGAAGAAAAAGAAAGACGAGAACAGCGGAGAACAGACAUCACGGUUUCUCAUUGACGGAUUCCCACGCAAAAUGGAUCAAGCUAUAUAUUUCGAGGAAACCGUGUGUCCCUCUGCAGGAACUCUCUUCCUAUCCUGCCCGGAAGACGUGAUGUUGGACCGUCUACUGAAGCGCGGAGAGACCAGCGGCCGUGACGAUGAUAAUAUCGAGUCAAUCAAGAAGCGAUUCCGUGUCUUUGAGGAGACCAGCAUGCCUGUUGUCAACUAUUACGAGAAGAUGGGCAAGGUCAUGAGUGUUUCUGCAGUUGGUACCGAGACUGAGGUUACUGCUCGCAUUCACAAGGAGAUAGAGAGCCGUGGCAUCGUGCAGCCAAAGGACAUAAUCAUCAAAUCAAGCGGCAUGUACCUUCCAUUGGAUAUACAGAUUGUUUACACCGGACCGGUCAUAGAGUUUACGAGGGAAUGUCAAACCCCUCCAGGGUGCCAGACGUCAUCUCUUAAACCCCAGAAGAUUGAGAUGCCCAUAUAUGGCCCAACACCCAUGCUACGUCCACCACAAACAAAUAAGCCAACAUCCAUAAGAAUAGGUCUGAUUGAAACCACCCAUCUAAAGAAGAAACUCCGCAAGUAUCCAUAUUUUGAUUGGUAUGAUAUGCGUUAA